AAGCGUUACAUUAUAUUCAUUUAUCACGACAUUUGCUGAUAUGUCAUGUUUUCAUGAGAUUUUGCGUUGAUCUUGUGUUGUAAUCUUAGCGAAAUCUCCUCAUGCAUGAUGGGACAGGACCAGAGUGCCACCAUGAGGCGACUCGCUCCUACACAGGUGGUUGUCUUCAUGCAGAAACUUCACCACCACGCAGCCACCCUGAAGACAGCGGCCACAUUAUCAUACGAAGAGUUCCUGGCGAGUGUCCAUCAAUUGAAUGAACUUACAAAGUCAUUUGGAGAAACAAGUGGUAAACAGCUGAUAUUUUCAGUCAAGAAGGGGACUGAUGAGACUGUGUUAUGGAAAGGGUUAGUCAGGAUAAAGUGCCUUAAGGUUGACAUCACAACAGGCCUUGUUGUUUCUACUCGCAUUCUUAACCUGAGACAAUACAUCAAACUUUACACAGAGAUUAUGCACCAAGUGUCUCUGGCAGCAGCCGAUUCAGACACGAAAGUGGACUUGGAUGCAUCUGUCAUCAUGCAGGCAGUGACCGACAUUGAAGAAACUGGAGAUGACGACAGUGAAUGUGUAAUAUGCAUGGAUCGUAAAGCAGUCAUCAUCCUAAGUUGCAAUCACAUGUAUUGUGAGGAGUGUAUUGAUAAGUGGAAUGCGUCAAGCAAAUCGUGCCCGAUCUGCCGCAAACAGCUGGAGAGUAAUGACGACGCCUGGUACAUGGCUGAGAAGCCGGGUUCGGACGAAAUGGCAUCUGACGUGCAGGACUACCUCAUGGGAAUCACGGAUACCGAUAACGCCAGCAAGUGAACGGACUAUUGUGAUUGGUUCACGCUGUGCAUAGGAAGGUGCAUGUCAUGUCUUUGAUGUGAUGUAGGAUUGGGAGUUCAUGCGAUUUUCAGUGCGUGUCUUAUACCCCAUACUGUGCAGGGGUAAAGUGCUUUGAAAUGAUUUCCCAGUCAAAUUCAGGAACACUUCUGUAAAAGCCGAGGAGCGUACAUUCCGGCAUUCUAGUCAGAUUCUUGGAUGAUUUUCCGAGAAAAUUGUUUGUGUUCAUAUCAGUGCAUUGCAUAAUGUUUUUAUAAGGUCUUUGUGAAACAUCUUAUAAAAGCGUUAAUGUUUGUACAUCCAUGUAAGAAGGGGACUCUUCUAGUUAAUACUAAUAGAGAUUUCUUGUGCAGUGUAUAAAACUGCAUUCUUGUACAAAGCUGUCUGUAUAAGGUACAAUGUAUACAAAUAAAUUAUUUUGCAUGAAGAAAUGAGUUAUGUGUUGUAUUGUCA